UCUUGUCGUCAGUGUUUGUUUACUUAUCGACAUAACAACACUAGCGAAUGAGUUAUAAAUAUUAUUGAUAUUGAAACAACAAAACAGUUGUAAUUAUUAGUGUCGAUGUGAAUGAGUUUACUUACUUGGUUUACACCAGUAGUGGUGGGUGGAAAGAAUAAUUGGAAAGUAAAAUAAAAUGACGAAUAUAUACCUAAGUGAUGCAACUUAUGUAAAUAAUAUUGGAUUAAAAGGACUUCAAGAGCUGUUUACUGACUUCGAUACCUGGGUUCUUAAAUACACAGCGAUGGACCGAUCGCUGUCAGAUUCCGGUGUUAUGAACAUACAGUCAAUAAUAUCUAGAAAACUGAAGAGGCAGUGUGAAAAUGAAGAAAAUAUAAAACAAAUCGAGAUACCUUUAGAAGAUUUAUACGUACAAGGAUUUAUGGAAAUACGCAGAAAAAAUAAAUUCAGUCCCAGAGAAAAACACAAUUUGUAUAAAAAUUAUGACGAUUUUUUCGUAGAUUACGUAAUUUUUCGACUUAAAAGCGAUAAUAAAUGUCUUCAAUAUAUUAAAUCCAAACUUUAAAAGGAGUUUUUGUAUAAUUUCCCCUAUUUUAAGUAGGUCAUACCUUCAAAUGGAAAGUUUAAAACUUUCGAAUACAUUUUUGGCGCCAACUGAAUUAUUAAUUCGUUUCAUUUUACGUAAUACGUAUUUAAAACCUAUAACGUAAAACCUGUAACGAUUAUAAUGUGCAUUGUAACUCUACUAGUCGUUUUAUUUUAAAGUAUUAGAUAAAGUUAUUAAAUAAAUGAAUAAAUAUAAUUUUCUUUUGAAAUCAUUUCAAUACGUUUACGACAAGGCUGUAUAGUAUUAUGUACUGUUGCAAAUCACAUUAAAACUAUACUAUCAAAAUCAUCUGAUUGUCAAAUAGUGAAUUUCGAGGUUAUAUUAUGAAAUAGAUUUUAAUACCUACUUCUUAAUAGUUUUCUUAGAACAAAUUACAGUAAAUAAUAAUGAAAGAAGUUUUAAAAGAAUGGUUUAUGCAAGCGCCGUGGGGAAAACUGGCAUUGAUUUCCUGGGGUUCACCAGUUGGAGAGCCAGUACUGUUAGUCCACGGACGGCAGGACAGUGCAGCGACAUUCGUCCCACUGUUGGGACUUUUGCCCAAUGAGUACCACUAUGUGGCGUUUGAUCUGCCCGGUCACGGAAAAUCUGACCCGUUUCCUGUAGGAGUAAUGCUGUCGAGGUUUCAUUUCGUGAUCGCUUUGGACGUGGUAGUGAAGCAUUUACAGUGGAAAAGCUUUGUGUAUUUAUCACAUUCAAUGGGAGGAGAGAUUGGACUUUACUACAACGCUGUCCGCCCGAACCAUAUAACUAAGUUUCUAUUCUUGGACAUUGGUCCUGCUCUCCAGAAUUUAAUAUACAAACCUUAUCAAUCGUUUUACACAAUUUAUGACAAGUAUUACAGUAACUAUAAUAGUAUGAACAAUGAUGACAGGGUUUAUAGCAAGAGAAAAGCGUUAGAUGCUGUUCUUAAGGCUCGGGGGUUGACUGAGGACCUCGCGGAGUUGGUAUUGUCAAGGAAUCUACGGGAAAUCGGACAGGAUGUAUAUAGAUUGUCAUGGGAUAAACGCCUUAAGAACCUCACACAUUUGAAUCUACCGAACGAAUUUUGUUUAAAACUGUACACGAAUAUACCUCCUACGCUUUUUGUGGAAGCGACAUCUAGUGUCAAGAAGCACGCAUCUUUAGAAGUCGGCAGAAUGAUCGAGGAAAUGAGAAAAAAAGUAAAAAAUUUCGAAUAUAGAAUCGUCGAGGGCACACAUGACGUUCAUUUGACCAAUCCUGAGCGAAUAGCGAGUGACGUCACCGCUUUUUUGAAAAGAGAAUUCGCUGUAUCGAAACUGUGAUAACAUAUUUAAAUAGUGAAUAAAACCAGCCAAGUGCUAGUUGGACUUACGCACGAAGGGUUCCGUACCAUUAGGUAAACAAAAAUACGUAUAAAAUUUCGUUUUUAGUACGGGAGACCGCUUAAAUAUGUAUUUUAUUUUGUUUUUAGUAUUUUUUGUUAUAACGACAACAAAAAUACAUACUUAAUUUAUGAAAAUUUCACCUGUCUAGCUACCGCGGUUCUUGUGAUACAGCCUGGUGACAGACGGACGGACAGACAGACAGCGAAGUCUUAGUAAAUAGGGGUCCCGUUUUUACCCUUUCGGUACGACGCCCUGAGAAAUAAUAAAUGGAUCUGAAUUGAGCAAUAUCGGAGGCCUAUGGCGGCUCAAUAGUAACCCUGAUACCUGGGUUGAUGAGGUUGGUCAUCCGCCUCAAACCCACAUGAGAGAAGGAUCUUAAUUUGAAAGAACUUCGACUUCUCGAAAAUCAAAUCAAAUAUACUUGAUAACACAUGAAUACAGUACAAUUUGGGCGGCCUUAUUGCUCUAGAGCAAUUUCUUCCAGGCAACCAACAAAAGGAAACAAACAUUUACAAAUUGGAACCAUUACACACAUUAUUAUACACACACACACACACACACAUUAUUAUUAUUUAUUUUUUACAUUUGAAAAUCUGCAACCUUGGAGCGAAUACUUAGGUAUAUUUACUCCAAAUAAAAAACUUAUUUACGAAA